AUGCGGGUUUGGUUUGUCCCACCCACCCAUCGCAGCUCAUCUUGUUUUGCCCACAGAGUGGACCUCCCUGCCGGGACGCUUUCGGCUUUCGCCCAUCCUUUGCGUUUCGCGCAGUCUGGCUCUCUCUCUGAGCAAGGACAUUACAUGUUGCUUUCAGUCUCGGACUAUGUAGUAUUUUAG